GGAGAGCCCCGUCCUCCUCUCCCGUUCAUUGGUGAGACGAGACGCCCGUCAUGCGGAUCCAGCUCCGGGGCAUUCCCUAUCCGUGUGCUCCGUCGGAAAUGGCCGUGUUUUCCCCCUCCUCCAUUGGACUGAGCCGCUGUCAGUCGGCUCCCCUCAAGCUCGACACCGUCCGCCUCUCCGGCUCUCUGUCCGCUGAGAGCGCCGUCAUAUUGGCUGCUAGAAGCAGCAGCGACCACGGCAGAAAAGAAGACCCCCAUGACGGAGAACGGCUCAACGAAUGAGUUAGCUUUUUAAAUAUGUUUGAUCCGUAUUUAACUCAUUACAUUCAACAGAAUCGGGAUGAUACCAUCAAGUGUCCGCGUACCUUUAGUGCUUUCAUCCAACACCGUGGUCCGCAAAGGGGAUGUAUGCCUGACUUCUCUUAAUAGCCAUUUUCUGCAGACAAAGAGAGCUGUUGAAUAGGCUUCAGGAGGCGGACGGGUCCCGGGGGCUCCCGUUGAUGAAGAAAGUGGGCAACAUGUGGAGCAACCUGAAGAGCAAAUGCCAGACUCUCUUCCACAACAACAGUUCAGGACCCAGUGAAAGCAGGGCGGAGGCCGAUGCGGUCCACUGUGUGGUGGAUCUUGGCCAAGGAGGCAGCUCAGGUGAGGCACUGGCAUCGAGAGCCUCCAGCCCAUCACGGAGCCUCCUGCCAGUGCCGAUGGCAACAGUGGGACGCCGCCACCACAACUGUGUGUCGGACAUCCCUCAGAUAGUGGAGAUUACAAUCGACAAGGACACUGAGGAUGUGCGGGGGGGAUCGGGGGGCGUUCCCAUGGCCCGGAGAGACUCCUAUUCCCGUCAUGCCCCAUGGGGGGGCAAGAAAAAACACUCAUUUUCCACCAAAACCCAGAGCUCUAUGGAGGCAGAUAGGCGGUCUGGGCGCCUACGGGGGAGCGGGAAUCGUAGGGACAGGCGUUACGGGGUCAGCUCCAUCCAGGAGAUGUGCGACUCUGUAUCCGGAGGACGCAGUCUGAACGCUCGGUCUCUGCGCCAGCGGCUGAGCGAUACAGUGGGGCUGUGCUUACCGCUGCCUGCUCGCAGACGCACCCGCUCAUCUAAGAACCCUGUCACCUCCAAACGGAAGAUUCACCUGACGGAGCUCAUGCUGGAGACCUGCCCCUUCCCGCCAGGCUCAGACCUUGCACACAAGUGGCACUUGAUCAAGCAACACACGGCGCCGGUCAGCCCGCAUUCCUCCACUGCCCUGCUGGACGCCUUUGACCCUGCCCACCCAUCUCCCGAGGACGAGGAGGAACGUCUGCGCGAGCGCCGCCGACUUAGCAUCGAGGAAGGUGUGGACCCACCACCUAACGCACAGAUCCACACCCUGGAGGCCUCAGUGCCGGGCUCCUCUCUCUACAAACUGGGACCAAAGAUGGCUCCUGGCGUAGGAGAGGCCUCCGGGGAAGGCCGGGCCUCAGUGGCCAGCAGCUCUGUGGCCGCUGGAUCAUCGGGGGCCUGUGGGCCGGUGUUGGGGGCUGCAGCGUCAGCCCAGGACUGUGACUCUGAGGAGGAUUCGACCACCCUCUGUCUGCAGGCCCGGCGGCCCAAGCAGAGGCACGCCUCUGGGGACGGUCACCUGAGCAAGCAGCAGCCUGGGCCCUGGAAGGUUCACACUCAGAUAGACUACAUCCACUGCCUGGUGCCGGACCUACUGCAGAUCACAGCUCUGCCCUGCUACUGGGGCGUGAUGGACCGCUACGAGGCCGAGGCGCUGCUGGAUGGACGGCCCGAGGGCACCUUCCUUCUGCGCGACUCAGCCCAGGAGGACUACCUCUUCUCCGUUAGCUUCCGCCGUUACAACCGCUCACUGCACGCCCGCAUCGAGCAGUGGAACCACAACUUCAGCUUUGACGCCCACGACCCUUGUGUUUUCCACUCUUCCACCGUCACAGGACUGCUGGAGCACUACAAGGACCCCAGCGCCUGCAUGUUUUUUGAACCGCUGCUCACGGCGCCUCUCCAUCGGACCUUUCCCUUUGGCCUGCAGCACCUGGCACGAGCCGCCAUCUGCCGCUGGACCACUUACGAUGGUAUAGGCUCACUGCCGCUGCCCCCUGCCCUGCAGGACUUCCUCAAGGAGUAUCACUAUAAACAGAAAGUACGAGUUCGCUGGCUGGAGAGGGAACCGCCACUCAAGGUCAAAUAGGGUGGGCUUCUCCAUUGCCUGUACACACACUGCAGGAGGAUUACAGAACUUGAAAAAAAAAAAAUUCCUCAUAAGCCAAUUAGACGCUAUACUGAUAUGGCCCUCUUUCUGGCGAGGGAUGGAUUUAAAUGUAACAAGCUAUACAAGAUUCAUUCUAAUCUUUGUUUUAGUUAUUACUUACAUCACAGAAAAUACAUAUGAUUAUAUUCAGUAUAACGCUGUCUGGCAAGCACAUGUUUUUGUGUUGAACAGGUUGUUUUGACAGGGAGGGGAGGCACAAAUAUCAGUGCUUUGUGUCUUUUUUCGCCUGCUUUGUGCUAAAUGUCUGCCUGAUCCCACAACAUCACCCUGCCUGUAGACCUGCCUGCAUGCCUCCCCAUAUUCAUCCCAAAUUGCUAUUUAGGCCCACAUGGCUACAUUGUACAGUUCACUUUGUGCUUUCUCUAUUUUUUGUUUUCUUCCUUAGCUAAAGCACCUAGUUGAGCACCUUCCCAAGAGGGUUUUACGGUGUGUGCGUGCGUGCGUGCGUGUGUGCGUGUGCGUGUGUGUGUGUGUGUGUGUGUGGGUUGAGAGGGCAUCUGGAGAUGCUAUUGUUUUAUUGCAGUCAGAGCUUGUCCCGUGGAUGGAGCUCCAUAAGGCACAUUCUUUGCCAUCUCUUUGCACGCACGAGCAUCAGCUAAGCCAGGGACAGAUUCUGAGAGGGUCCACAGAGUUCAGGACAGCACAUCAGGAAAAUGAAGUUGAUUUGUAAGGACUAUAGAUUAGUCCUUUUUUAAACAAAAAAAAAAACCAGUAGUUCCUCCUUAAGCAGUAAUGGUGAAUGAUGAAUCCGUCUACUGUGUCCUAUUUAGUGAGCAAGCGGAACGUGUCAACUUUAUUCCCACUGUGCGUCAUCGCUUUAAAAACAGAAUAUUUUCCUACAAUCUGUCCCUCCUAACAAUUCUUGCCAUAGUUGCAGUUGUCGCAGCGGACUGACAGGUUUUCAUUGUGCAUAUAUAUAUCCACACUGUUCAUUUCAUCCUGUAUGCAAUUUAGCUCCCAGGGUAAACUUUUGAGCAAUCCGGUGUCUUUGUGGAAUUGCGUUACGGCGUUUUGCACCUCUCGACCUUCAUUUGGUAUCUUUUGGUGGCAUCUGGAGUACAGAAAGCUUCUGCCACGCGUGUCCCAGUUAUCUUCACCAGACACUUGUGACAUUGGUGCUGAUUGCUUUGAACUUUGGUUACAGUAAGGAAUGCUAACAAGUCUUCUCAGAGGAACCGAGGGCACGCGUGACAAGCUGUAGGUGAAGACAAAAAGAAUCUAAAAUCCCAGUGUCCUUUUAAGCAUGACUGUGAUGUGAUCUGCUUGAGCUAUUCAGCCCUGUUUGGAAAUGGGCUGACCGCUCACCUCUAAUAAUACUUCAAAGACUGAACAAGAAUCUGCUUGUUAAAUUAGUGAACUACAACUCCCAUGAUUAGUUUGCUGUACCCUCUUCCACCUUAAUUUAUAUUUCUUUUAUGAAACCAUGUUAAAAUGUGUUUAUUUUUUAAUGAAGAUCACUGUGUCAUCAACAGGAAAGAGGUGAUGUAGCCUUUUCUUUGGAGUUGAUAUCCCCAACUUUAUAGCCAUAAAUCCUCAACCCGCAACAAAUCCCCCCCCCCCCCAUCGCCCGGUUGCAUUUAUAGUCCCUAGUUAUAGCUCUAAGCACUCGACUCUGGAGAGGUUGGCAUAUCUCUGAGAGCUUUAGUUAUGUAACCUGAAUGGUUUUAGUUGUGUUACUCGGGACAAAAACAACACAACAGUCGGUCAUUUCUCCUUUUUGUUCAGUGUGAAGAGGAAAUAAGUGUAACCUCUGUGCCUUUCAGAGAACCAAUAUCCCGUUCCAUAUUAAUUAGUUGCUUUAUUGUCCAAAACCUGCAGCAGGAGUUAUUUCAACUUGGUCUACUCAGAUGCCAUCAAAUGAGACUGUAGAGAAUAAUAACAGCUGUAAGCUCACCUACAUGGUGCAUGUUGGAAGUUUUUGUAACGGAUACAAUUUCAGUGGUGCUACAUCGGUUCCAGCGAUGACAGAUUAUUGAAAUAAGUUGUACUAGUUGCAUCUGUUCUCGCUCACUAAUGCAUGAGUUAGUCUCUCGCCACAUUAUGGCCUGUAUGGUAGUAUUAGGUUGUUAGUGGGUCCAAUGCCAGCCCUACUGUAGCAUAUUUCAGUCAAAGAUGAAUCGAUGUCCAGCUCUCACACGUGCAGGUUGUGUGUCUGCGACCUGACGUGCGGAUCCCAAUGUGAAGGCAGGAAGGUUAACUCUUUACCGGGAGACAAUUUGACAUUGCCCGUGUUCAUCAAUUCAUCAGCAACAGUGUUAGUUCUAACUCUUAGUAGUAAUAAUAACAAUAAUACAGAAUUACCUGGGUUGUUUUUUUUUUUAAGAAGAAGAAGAAAAGAAAAAAAAAAGUUUGACAUGAAUUUGGAAGGAUUAGAUGGGUGGAGACGAGCAGAGCGGUUCCCUGACCGCAUGUUUUCUAUCAAACAUCAUUUCCUGGAAAGCAUGUAGACGCAGCAGGUGAUGUGUCAAAUUAAAAAUAUUUAAGCUGAAACGCACACGAGAUCACCAGAAAGCUUGAACUAAAGUUCUCAAACCGGUUCAUAUUUUGUUAGUUUGCGUGUAUGCCUCGCCCCCCCCCCACACAUGUUAAAGGUUAUUUUCCUUCUCAUCUGUGAGGAUGAAUCACGAACAAACGUCAAGUGUUUCUUUGCCCGUGAAUAUCUGAGCCUGUGACCAAAGCUCCCGGACACAGCUGUGUAAUAACCGGUAGGCUUAAGCUUUUUAAUGUGCCCGGCGGUGUUGUUAUGAUUAUAUUUCAGAUUUACAAACCAGGGAAAGUCCAUGUAUGUAAGACUGCUCGUCUUUGUCAACUAAUACACAAAGACACCCUGAAAUGUAUCGCUGAAAACCUUCUCUCUGCCAAACUAUUACCCUAUUUUCACUUAUUUAUCAGGCAGGAAACAGGACAAUUUCUUAUGCAGGCGUUAAAAGAUCAUUUGUGUCGCUAUGAUGGUCAACUUUUCUCAAUUCUCACCAACCAAUUCUUACCCUCUUUACUGAUUGCAUAUCUGCAAUCAGAUUUUACGGGACAUCUCAAACCUUUUCCACCGCCCUGCACUUUGUUCUCGGAAAGCUUAAAUAUGUGUGUCAGGAGUGAGUGUUGAGUGGAGGGACAUAGGGGUUGACAUAUGAGUCGCUUGCACUUUGGUGUUUCAGGAGUUUUUAGCAUCCACACUGUCAAAUAGAAGAAGUACGUAUCUAUUUGAAAAACCCAUACACAUCACACUAUCUUGCUCACUGUCACCUGUCUGUCCCUGCUACUGCCUAGCAAUAGCAAACAACUCCCUUCAGCUCCCCACCCCACUUGCAGGCACUAAUCACAGGCUAAUUUUACCAUGUUGGGGAUAUAAAUUUACUGGGUACUAAAAGGGCCACUCUGUGUUGCCUCAUGGCUGCUGUGUGGCUGAGGGAGGCCUUUUUUUUUUUUAUUAUCCAACUGCUCUCUCUCGCUCUCUCUCUCUCUCCCCAUCUGGCCACAUCCCUAACAUCACUGUGCUGAUGUGGAGGUGACUGUGGCGUGGAGUGAACUAAGGCCCGUUUGUCCUAGCCCGCGCUGCUCUCUAUCCAACCCCGUCAGGGCGAUGUCAGGCUAAAGUUAACGUUAAGGAGCCAGGAGGAGGAGGAGAGACGGAGCAGGCUCACCGAGAGCCGUGGCUUCCGGUUUGCGGCGGCGGAGAAGGCUUGGGGUUUUGUUGAAGUUUAAAGAAAAAAAAGAAAAGAGAAAAAAAAGCACUUUAAUUGCGUAUUUGUGUUCGACAGUGCAGUCUGCAAGUAUUAGGACAGCGACAGGUUUUUCUUCCAUUGCGUUGGCUCUUUUCUCCAGCAUAUUGGAUUUGAAAUAAGAAGUUGGGCUGAGUGACAACUUUAAUUUGCAUCCGUAUUUGGCGAACAUGCUAAGAAUUUUUAUUUUAGAAACUUAACUAUCUUACGUCAUCAUUAAGUGUUUGGCUGAACAUCUGUGGCAAUCAAUCACCGCUGAAUUUAAUCAAGCGUAUACAUGAGCGGACACUUCUAUGGCCUGCAAGGCCUUUGUUCUUUAUUUUGGACUAUUUUCUGGACUUAACCAAGUAAAACGCCCUCAUUUGAGGUCAGGUGACUAUGACAGCCAAGAACUUCAUUGGUUGUCUUGUCUGUAUGUUAAGGAUCGUUGUUGGCCUGCUUUGACUAAACUUGGGGUAUUACAUAUGGAAGGAGCUACCCCCCUCUAUACAUCCAAUAUGGAGUUUUAACGCUCCCAACACUCUUUAAAACUCCAGCGUUUAACUUUAACCUUUUUAGUUGUGUUUCAGCACCAACAUGCUGCGUCACAGAGCCCAAACUGAAGACGUCCUACUGUCCAAAUACUUAUUGACAGCACUGUUUUUGUGGUUUUUAGCUCAAAACUGGAGCGAGACUUGCGUGAGUGUUAAGAAAAAAGCCGGCGGUCAUGAAAAAAACCAUUUCACUUAUAUAUUCAGGCAUGGCACGUUGUGCCGACGGAGCCGCGUUCUCUACCGUACCGCAGACUCAGUAUUAGUGUAUGGACAGAGCCACACGGGGGGUUUCAGUGGAGGGUUGCAGAGUGGACUGUGAGGGGCGACGACGACGACUCCUAUGAACAAUGCCUCUUUGCCCUCCCCCCCUUUAAUCUCAGGCAGGCCCUUUGCGAGGAGAGUCCCGGGACCCUCUCAACCCAGUUUUUCCCCAUGGGAAAUAUCCGACAUUAACCGUAGCACAUGUUUGCCAUACAUACCCGUAGAUUUAGAAGAGGGGAAAUAAAAUAACAAAAAAAAAAAAACAUUGUAUGUAUGAUGAAUGAUAUUAGUUAUGUAAUAGGAGCUUGAUGGAAAAGACGUUUUUAUUCUUCUGUGGUGCUUUAACUGUCUGGAACACAUACAUUUUGCACACACUUUUGCUAUCACUCGCACCUGCACUACCCAAGGUAUCGACACACAUCCCCACCAACCCCCCAACCUAAGCAAAGAGAUGUGUAAACAUGGACCACAAUUAGCCAGCACCACCUUUCUGUGUCACCCCCCUGCACCCCAUGGGGGGGCAUGAUGGGUGUUUACGUGUAUAUUCAUAUUCUAUGUUCUUAAGGAAAAACAAAAAGCCGCAAAUUAAACUAUUUUGACCUUACAUUGUCAUUGGUAUGACACCGUUUAGCUGCACUAUGAGAGUCUCGUUCUGUGGCAAGAAACCACUGGGUCCGGUCUGGAUGAGAGUCGGGCUGGUUGUGCCGCUAGCAGUUCUUCUAAACUACAGCAACAUCCCUGCAUGAAGGACUCCUUACCCCCACCACCACCACCACCACCACCACCACCACCCACCUCGGUACUAAUCAUGGUUUCAGCUCUUAGAGGACAAACAAAAAAGAUAUUUUAAACAUUUGUUCAUGUUCCCAUAUAUAUUUUAGAAAGCUGGGUUAAGUGCUAUAUGCAAACAGAAAAAAAAAUGUAUGAAAGAAUUAUUAUUUUUCAUUAUUACUUCUCCCUAAUAUGCAAUGGAGUGUAGUGUAACAAUGGUUGCAAUCCUCUGUCACUUUAAUGCUGUACGUGCACAUUGGUUGCUGUGUGGAUGUCGGUUGCCGAGGCAACAGGACUUGACAAUGAUGGGAACUAAUGGUCGUCACUCCCCAGCACCGCCGUGUUCCCAGACCGCCUUAUUCGUUCCGACCAAUCACAGAGAGCCCUCUUAAGCCCCGGGCAGCAGCCACCAAGCUGUCGUCGGACGAAUAUCGCUGUUCCAUUAUCUUCUGCUUUUCCUCGCUUUUUUUUUUCUUUUCUUUUUCCUUUUCUUUUUCUUCUGAUGUCAGGUAGGAUUUGGAGCGUGUAAAUGGCAUAAUCAUGUUCACAUUUCACUGUCUGUUCUGUGUAUCUGCUUCACCAUUCAAAGAGACAAAAAAAACCCUGUUGUUUUCCAGUAUAACCUGUUCAUUUUUAAGAGCCGUAUGAUGCGACACUUGUAGCUGUCACUCUUGGUGCUUGGCUUAUGCUUCAUUGUCUUAAUAUUCCAAAUAAAACUGUUAAGUGUAAUCCACACU